AGGUGGUCAAAACUCGCAUGCAGUCGCGGUAUGGGGGUAAGGAGUACUCAAGCACACGCGACGCACUGACCAAAAUAUACAAGCAGGAGGGUCGUAGGGGUUACUUCAAAGGAUUGGGGCCCAGUCUAUUUGCUCUGCUUCCCACAUGGGCAGUAUAUUUCACCACGUACGAGCAACUGAAGGUUCGCAUCGGCAUUCAUUACGAUCUGGCGCCAAAGAGUUCGCAACUGCAUCUGAUGGCGGCCAUAGGGGCGGGUGUGGCAUCAAACGUUGUUACGUCGCCCUUGUGGCUGAUCAAAACGAGAUUAAUGACGCAGCAAAGAGGCUUGACACCGUACUUUUAUAAGAAUAGCGUACACGCUUUAAUCACCAUAAUGCAACGAGAGGGUCCACUAGCACUAUACAAAGGACUGGCCGCAUCGCUGGUGGGAGUUGUGCAUGUGGGUAUCCAGUUCCCGCUGUACGAAAUACUUAAAGUCAAAUUCUCAAGUAAUUAUUCCGAACGUGCGGAUACCACCACCAAAGCCAUCAUCCUCGCCUCGGCGACCUCUAAAACCAUUGCCAGCGUGGCCUGGUAUCCACAUGAGGUCGUACGUACCCGCAUGCAGAACCAGAGCGUCCCGCCAUUCAAAUACAACAACAUACUCCAUUGUGCGAAAACAGUGGUAAUGGAGGAGGGCGUGAGAGCGCUGUAUCGCGGAUUGCCGACCAACCUGUUCCGGGUGAUCCCUUCGUGUGUUAUUACAUUCACCUCAUAUGAAACAAUCCUAUCAUGGCUGAUGGAGGCGGACAAGAAAGGGCGAUUAAGGGUGUGACAGGUCACGUUUUACAGGUCACGUAUUAGUACUAGCCCAGAACAAGGGGUCAGCAGUUUCAUCACACUUAGAAUAAACAAGAAUCUCGUGGUAAACGUUUAGUUUCGAG